AUGGUCAGUCCGAGGAGCCAGCCAGCGGCGCCAGCCGUCGGUGCGAACGCCACCCCCUUGCGGGCGCGGGACGUCUGGCAGUCCCGCGAGGCCGCGGGCGUGCCGGAGGCCCACCUCGAGGAGGCCCGGCGCCAGCUGGCCGCGGAGGAGCGCAGGGACGCCGCCAGGGCCCAGCUGCGCAACGCGUGGUCCAGCCGCGACCAGAAGAAGCUGAAGGCCGCGAUCAAGGACGGGGAGGCCGCGGGCCUCACGGCCAAGGAGCUGCAGGCCGCGAAGAGCGUGUUGGGCGACGAGGAGAGACGUGCCACGGCGAGGACGGCGCUGAAGAAGGCCGUGGCCGCCAGGGACAUCGCCCAGCUUGCCGCGGCGAUCCGGGCGGGGGAGCGCGCCAGCCUCUCGGCUCAGGAGCUGGAGCCGGCGCGCUCGCUGCUGCGGCAGCUGGAGGCGGCGGAGGCGGCCCGCAAGAAGCUGCGCCACGCUAUUGACGCCAGGGACGAGUCGUUGCUGCGCGCCGCGGUCGCGGACGGCACAGCCGCCAAGCUGCCGAACGCAGAGCUGGCCGAGGCGAGGCAACUGCUGGCGGACCUGGAAGGCAAGGCGAGGGCCCGCAGGGGCCUCCGCGACGCGGUGGAGGGCCGCAGCCUGGAGGCCCUGCGGGCCGCCCUGGCGGAAGCGAAGGCCAGCGGCCUGCCCGACGGCGAGCUCGAGCCCGCCCGGCGCGCCCUGGCGGAGGAGGAGCGCAAGGCGGCGGCGCGCGCGUCGCUGGCCAAGGCGGUGGCCGCCAGGGACAGCGGCGAGCUCCUCAGGGCGCUGGCCGAGGGGGAGGACGCUGGCCUGGCGGCGGAGGAGCUGCGCGCGGCCCGGGCCGCGCUGCGGGAGGAACAGGCCGCCGAGGCCGCCGCCGCCGCCCUCAGGGCGGCCGUGGAGAGCAGGUCGGCGGACCAGCUGCGGGCCGCCAUUGCGCAGGCCGAGGCGGCGGGACUCGGCGAGGGCGCCUGCGCCCCCCUGCUCGAGGAGGCGAGGCGCGCCCUGCAGGAGGUGCAG